UAUCUAUUUUUUUAAAAAGAUGAUGGCAAUGUGUUCUAAGAAGGCCUAUCUGAAAAGAAGGUCUGCUGAUAACAAAUGUAAAAUUUCAUUUCUAAUUUAUAGAUGAUGUUGAUACAAAUAUUUUCCAAGUUAAGUUUGAUUGUUUAAAAGAAAAUGUAGUAAAAAUACAUUAGGGUGAUCCUGUUAUAUGUUAACAAUGUGAGACAGUUUUAAAUAAAUAUUCUAAAAUAGAAGAUGAUGUUUAAAAUCAAUAAUUCGGAAAGUAAAUUUGGGUAUGCGAAUUUUGCAAUCACAAAAAUUAAAUCUAAAUAGAGAAAGAAGAGAUUCCAAUUAAUGAAGACACAGUUUAUUUAAUAAAAUCAGCUUAAGAAUAACAAAUGUAAAUUGAGGAUGGUGAUAAUUCAAUAGUUUUUUGUAUUGAUACAAGUGGUUCUAUGUCAAGCACAGUAGAGAUAAAAGGAAAGGUUAAUUUCAAACAUGGAAUAUCAGCUGAAGAAUAUGAAAUGCUUAAAUAAUUUAUUGAACCUGGUGAUGAACAUUAAAUAUGGCCAUAAUUUAAUACUAAACAUGUUACACAUGUAUCUCGAAAAUAAUGUGUUAUGGCAGCAAUAGAAUAAUAAAUAGGGGAAAUAAAAAAGAAGAAUCCAAAUAAAAUAGUUGGAUUAGUUACUUUUAAUAAUGAAGUAGUAGUAUAUGGAGAUGGUUCUGAAGUACCAAUAACAAUAGCUGGAGAUAGACUAUUUAAAUAAGAUGAAAUAGAGAAUCUAUUAAAUGUGACAGCAAAAUAGUUAAUGAAAUAUCCAGUUAAAGUAUAAGCUGAAAUAUUAACAAAAAAAUUCGAGAAAUUAUAAGAGAAAGGUUAAACCGCAUUGGGACCUGCAUUAAUAUCAGCCUUAUAAUUAGCUAAAAUUGGUAAACCUGGUUCAAUGAUCAUUAUAUGUACAGAUGGUUUAGCCAAUUUGGGAUUAGGAUCAUUAGAUAAUGAUGCUAAUAAAUAAUUUUAUGAAGAUUUAGGUGUUUUUGCUUCAUAAUGUGGUGUAGUAAUAUCAGUAGUGACAAUAAAAGGAGAAGGAUGUAAAGUUGAUAUUUUAGGAGCUUUAUGUGAAAAAACAAAUGGAACUGUUACUAGAGUUAAACCUGAAGAUAUUGAAAAAGAUUUUGCUAAUAUUUUAAAAGAUGAAUUAGUCGGUACUUAAGUAGAAUUAUUUGUUAAUUUACAUCGUGCAUUAAAAUUUAGAGGAGAAGAUGAUCCAAAUCUUGGAAAUAAACUUAAAAGAGAAAUAGGUAAUGCUACUAUUGCUACUACAUAAACUUUUGAAUAUCAAGUUAAAAAUGAUUAAGAAUUAUAAAAAGAAUAAAUUGAUAUUAAAGAUUUAAAAACUGUUCCAUUCUAAAUUAAAGUUAUUUAUACUAAUUUACAUGGAGAUAGACUAAUGAGAGUUGUUACUUAAUAAGUUUCUACUACUGAAAAUGUUAAAGAAGCUGAAGAAGAAGCUGAAGUUGAAGUUAUUCAUAAAAGAAUGGCAUAAAAAACUGCAUAAAUAGCUAAAAAAGGAAAUUAUUAAGAAGCAUAAACAUAUAAUCUUUAAUGGGAUGGUUAUGUUUAAAAAAAUGCAUAAAUUAAUAGUAAUACCUCUAAUUAAUAAAAAAAUUAAACUUUCCUAACACAUAAUACAAAAUUAUAAACAGCUGUAUAAAAAUAAGAAUUUAGAAAAGAUAAAACAGUUUCAGCACCAACGUAAUAAUAUUUAUUAUAAUAAUAAUAAUAACAAUAAUAAUAAUAAUAAUAAUAAUAAUAAUAAUAAUAAUAAUAAUAAAAAUAAUAAACAAGUUUUCUUGAUAAAGUUGCUAAUUUUAUUAAAGGAGAAGAUAAAAAAUAAUAAUAAUAACUUCCAUAAGUACGAUAAUAAGCAAUUCCUUAAAAACAAAUGAAAAAAAUGAAAGCACCAACAAAUUAAUAAGCAUAAAAAAUAAAAAUAGAAAAAAUAUAAGAAAAAGAAUAAGAAAAAAUUGAAAGUUGUUCAGAUGAAGAUGAAGAAAUGGCAGAUCUUUAUUAAUUUGAAUAAGGAAAAUAUUGAAUUAUAUUAAUUUUAUAAUGAUA